AUGUUUGAAAUGGAUUUAGUAAAUGUGUUGAUCAUUGUGGUUUUAAUAAUAGUUACUUCAAUUUGGUACGCCUCCUAUCGUCAACGAAAUGCAUUCAAUUAUUGGAAAAAAAGAAACGUGCCACAUAUAGAGCCGAAAAUUCCGUAUGGAAAUUUGGAAGGUGUUGGUGAAAAAUUUCAUGUGGUUUAUAUGAUUAAAAGUCUUUACGAUAAAUUCAAAUGCACUGGUGUCAAAUAUUUUGGUAUAUAUCAGUGGCGUCCAAUUGCAAUUAUAUUGGACCUUGAUUUAGCAAAAGAUAUUUUAAUCAAAGAUUUUGCGAACUUUACGGACAGAGGAUUGUAUUCAAAUCGAAAAUACGACCCACUGAGUGCAAAUCUGACCACUAUGGAUGGAGACGAGUGGAAAAGAUUGAGAAGUAAAUUGACACCAGCCUUUUCUUCCGGGAAAUUAAAGUUUAUGUUUCCGACUGUGACCCGAAUUGCUGAUCGUUUAUGUGAUGUUUUAAAUGAAAAGAUUACAAUUUCCAACAAAAGUGUAGAUAUCAUUGAUUUUAUGAUGCGAUACACUUCGGAUGUUAUUGGUAAUUGUGCAUUUGGUAUUGAAUGCAAUAGCUUGAACAAUCGAAAUGCCGAAUUCAUAACAAUGGGUCGUUUGGCGAUAAAAGAACAACGACACAGUCCACGAUUUUUAGCUUUAAUUACUUCAUAUAAAAGAAUUGCAAAUAUACUGGGAAUAAAAAGCAUUCGAGAUGAUGUAGCCGCCUUCUUUAUGCAUGCCAUUCAAGAAACGGUUGAAUAUCGUGAAAAAAAUGAAAUUCAACGCAAUGAUUUCAUGGACAUCAUGUUAGAUUUUAAAAAUAAAAAAAACACGAACAACAAUGAGGCCUUAACAUUCAAUGAAAUCGCUGCACAAACAAACGUUUUCUUUCAAGCUGGAUUUGAAACAUCCUCAACGACAUUAACCAAUUGUUUAUAUGAACUGGCGAAAAAUCUGGAUGUACAAAAUAACGCACGAAAUGUUAUUCGCAUAGCUUAUGAGAAAUAUGAUAAUCAAUUCACAUACGAAAUGAUGAUGGAUCUUCCAUAUAUUCACCAAAUUGUUCAAGAGACGCUUCGAAAAUAUCCCAUAUCGGCCACGGUGAACAGAAUAGCCAAAAAUGACUAUUGCGUUGCUGGAACCGAUCAAGUUAUUGAACGAAAUACGUGGAUAAAAGUGCCCGUAUUUGGAAUUCAUCACGACCCAGAAUAUUAUCCAAAUCCAGAGAAAUUCGAUCCUCAUCGAUUUGAUAGCGAAGAAGUUAAAAAAAGGCAUUCAAUGGCAUAUUUGCCCUUUGGAGAAGGUCCACGAGGUUGCAUUGGAGCUCGUAUUGCAUUGAUGCAAAUAUACACUGCACUUGUGACUCUCCUUCACAAUUUUGAAUUUUUAAUUAGCUCUGAUUCAGUUGAUUCUAUAACUUUUCAUCCCAAGCAAGCCUUGCUGUCACCGAAAGAAAAAGUUUACCUGAAAUUGCGUCCCCUCAAAUCGAUCACAUGUAAAUAG